AUGCUGGAGAAGAGUCGGCAGGGCAACACACUCAAAGAACAGUUUGAAAGAGAAAGCCUUCUUAAGAGGAAUGUAUACAUUCCAAUAACUGAAGCUGAUGAUUCUCGGCAUGUCGGCUCACCAGUACUCUUGCACACUUUGUGGAUUCAGUUCACUGAGGUUAAGGUGACAGGGUGGUAUACUUGCAAUGUGGGUGCUAGUGUUGCUGGAUGCUGUGCACACAUAGGUAGUGUCAUUUGA